AUGUUUACUAUCAUCGAACAAAUCUUUAAAGUUAAAAAUAUCAUUAUUCUCAGCUGGACUGUAGAAGAAAUUUUGUGCAAGUCAUUAUGGUAUCAUAAUUUGGUUAUAAUUGAGAUCAAUUUCAUUAACAGGAAUAAAUUCAAUUUAAUUUGUAUACUUAUACUAAUUCUCGGCUGUUGGUAUGUUAAAACUGCUUCCGUCAAAAAUGAUGAUAGUAAUGAUGUGGAAACGUCUGAAUCUAGUGAAGUUACAAAUACUUUAGAAUACGAAGGAAAAGAAGAUGAAGUAGGUGAACAAGAUAAAGUCACAGAAGAAAUAGAUUUUAAUUCAAUAGAAUUAUACAAUUCUUCGGCUGAUGAAGAAACUCAAUUAGAACCAUUAAACCAAAAUCAGGUUGAGAUUCCAACAAACGGCUCGAACGACAAUGAAGAAAUAAUUACUGCUCUACACAUCAAAUCAAGUAACUUUGAAAAUGAAAAUGAAAUCGUUAUUACAGAAAGUAGUGAAUCACAACCAUUACUGAAUACGAUAACUGAAGAAACCUUAUCUUUGGUUACAACGGAUAAUAAUCUAGAUGUUUUAAGUCCAAAUACUGAUGAUCACAUACCUUCCAACCACUCUAUUGAAACAGAUGAAAGUUUUUAUACUGAGUAUAUGCUAGAAUCAAACGAUAUUGUCGAAAUACCUGGUCAGUCGCAAGAGCACGUUGGUGUAACAGAAGAAAUCUUAGGAAACAAAAACGAAACUAUUCCGGACAAACUUGGGGAACUUGAAGGCACUGAUCAAAAAUUAAAUCAAACAACCAUAGUGCCAGAGGUAUUCACUAAUGAAAUGGAAGUUUCAGCGAAUACAGACAAAUCAUCCUCAGCGUUAUCCAAACAAGAUAUCAAAGUUACUGAAAUUUUGACUGAUAACAUCUCUUUAAGCUCAUCAUUACAUAAUGAUACCAAUACCAGUGCUCAUGAGAAGUUAUCUGUAGUAAAAUUUAAACGUCUUGAUAGAAAAAUGUUAUCAAUAUCCAAGAAUAAAAAUUGUGCUAAACUAACAGAUAUGGAAAUAAAGCAUCAAGGUGGUUGGUAUUACAAUCCAACUGAAAUGCAAUGUCAAUAUACAUCUGAUUGUAUUAUAAAUGAUAAUUAUUUCGAAACUAAAAAUGAAUGCGCUGAAACAUGUGAAUACUGGAGAGGUACUGCUCGAUGUCUAGCUCCACCUCAAGCUGGUCAUUUUCAUUGUUCCGCUGUGAAUACAGAAAAGACUAUACGACCAAUUCUAAUGGUUUAUUUCGAUAAAGUCUCUGGAAAAUGUCGCUGGUUUACCUAUUAUGGAUGCGGUGGCAGUGCAAACCGUUUUACAUCUAUAACAGAAUGUGAAGAUACUUGUGGAAAUAAGAUUGCAGAUAAAAUUGUACUUGUGGCCAAUCAGCUUUGUCAAGUGGCUCCAACAACCCAAUUAUUUCCACAAUGGUCAAGAAUAGAAAUGGAUACAUGGAGUGAAAUAGGCCAAGAUGGUCAAUUUUUUUCUAAGGAAACAUCUGAACCUAUUCUAUUUGACAAUCUUACCUAUAUUGACGCUAUGCGCAUUGAACCGGAAUGCUCAAAUGUCGGUCAGCAUGAAUCACGUUGGUAUCUUGAUGUUGAAACAAAUCAGUGUCAGGAAUUUGCAUAUUCUCACUGUGGUGGGUCUUCAAAUAACUUUUUAACACGAGCUGAUUGUGAACAAUUUUGUGGGGCUGCAAAACCUGAUAUAUCAACUAUCUGUAAAUUGAAACCUUCAUUUGGCGAAUGUACCGGAUACAAAACUAUGUGGUAUUAUGAUCCUAAUUGGGUAAUGAAUAUGGAUGGACAAGAUCAUUAUUUAAUUGGUGGCUGUAGACAGUUCAAUUAUUCUGGUUGUGGUGGAAAUAGUAAUCGAUUUCCAACUCAAGCUGCAUGUGAAUUGACAUGUCAAUUUAAUACAAAGGUUGAACUACAAAUUAAUAUUGAUCCUGUGGAACAACUGGAUAAUGUAACGACACAAUAUGAACUUAAUCGAAAUAAAGAUAAUAAUCAGCCAACGAUAGUAAUCACUGAAUCAAACAAAACUAUACAUAAUAAUUUGGUCAAAAAUAUGAUAAAGCUGACUUUAAUGAAUAUCGAUCUUGAACCCUGUCGGCGACAUCCUGUUUUUGGCUUUUGUCGACCAUUAAAUUGCUCUGAAGAACAUCGACGAAAUCAGACAUGCCACUUUUUAAACUUCCAAAGAUGGUUUUUUAAUGCUCAUACUAGUAAUUGUGAAGCAUACAGUUACAGUGGAUGUGGUGCUUCAGAAAACACAUUUGAUGAUGCUCAAGCUUGUCAGGCGGCAUGUAAAGCUAGAAUUGUCAGGCCUGAUAGGGAUCAACGUUGCGAUUCAAACCCACAUAUCAAAAAAUGUUACACACUAUCAGUAAGUGGUAAUCAACAGGAUGUGUCAAGUGAAAAAGAUGUCAUUGCCUUUCAUUUUAGUAUGUCUAGUGCUACAUGUAAAGCAUUUCAUUUAAAUACAAAACGACCUGGUUGUAGUAUGGAACAAUACUUUCCAAAUGGUUACGAUUGUUUACGAGAAUGUGUCAAAUCUUCACCAAAUGAAAAACAUUUACAAAAUCGUUGUUUUGCUCGGAAAACUCAUGUUAUGUGGAACUGCACAGAUCAAAGUAUUAAAACUUAUCGUUGGUCAUAUCUACCUGAAAUUAACCAAUGUGUACGUUUUUCUGAAUGUACAAAUCCCGAUCAAAUAAUUGAACAACCUGGAAAUAAUUUCGCUUCAAGAAGUGAAUGUGAAACUACUUGUAUGGCAUCUAGUUUUGAAGAAGUUUGUCAACUUCCAAAAGAUCCUGGUCCAUGUACAAGUUUUCAAACUCGUUAUUUUUAUGACAGCAAUACAUCAAAAUGUCGAGUAUUUUUAUACGGAGGUUGUUUAGGCAACUUUAAUCGAUUUCUUUCGCGAAAAGAAUGUGAACUAGCAUGUUCUCAAUUUUCAACACAUAUUUUAAGUACAUCAAAUCAUACGAAAUCACAACAAAGUUUAGUGGAAGAAACAUUAGUUGAUUAUGAUGAAUCUCCACCGUUAAGUGCACAGGUAUUUGAGAAGAUGAAACAAAUUACACAACAUCAUACAGAUCGUUAUCCUUGGGAUAUUUGUUUGGAUAGUCAUAGUUAUGGUACAUGUUCACUACCCGGUGGUCAAUAUCAAACAACAAGUGAAUACCCUUAUGUACCAUUAACUCGUUAUUAUUAUGAUCGUCGUUUGGGUCAAUGUCAACCUUAUACAUAUACCGGUUGUGGUGCCCGUGGAAAUCAUUUUGACACAUUAGAAAAAUGUCAAACAGUGUGCGAGAAUCGUUUGAAAAAUCCAAAGUUUGCUCGCUGCCACUUUGAUAAACCAAUCACAAAAUGUCCUGGAAAAAGCGAAUUUCAAAUACCUCAUAAAAAAUUUUCAUUUCGUUUGAGAAGAACAAGUCAAUGGCUUGGAGUAUGGCAAGCAAGGACUGGAAAUCUACCUGAAGGUGUUUAUGCAACUCGAAGUGCAUGUCAGUAUCAUUGCUUACCAAAACCACCCCGAGGAACAGACACACAAAACGUCUGUCAUAUGAACCCGAUUGUAACAGUACCAUUUGGCUGCAAUGCUAUGGUUACUAGAUGGUAUUUCGAACCUAGAGAAACACAGUGUAGAAGCUAUAUAACUUGUCCACAAUAUGGAAAUAACUUUCCUAGUCACAAAGCUUGCCAAGAUAUAUGUACACCUGGACGUCCUAUAGAUGUCUGUCGACUUCCAUAUGAUCAUGGUGGAUGUUCAAACUUUGAAAAACGAUGGUACUAUGACAUGCAUAAACGAAUGUGUUUGCCUUUUACAUACGGUGGAUGCUUUGGAAAUUCCAAUCGUUUUUUAACAAAAGCAGAAUGUGAAGGAUUUUGCAUGGGGAAAGAUGUUUGUAGACUACCUUUACAAAAGAAUUCUACCGACACAAGUUACCCUGAAAGAUUCUAUUAUGAUCAUUCUAGAAAACAGUGUCUUCCAUUUCGUUUCACUGGUCUACUGGCGCAUGGCAACAAUUUCCCAUCACUUAGUGCGUGUAAUGCAACAUGUAUUUAUGUACCAGACAUUGAAGUAAUUGCCGAAAAAAUUAUGCUAAGUUCUAAUUUAAAUACUGAUAAAAAAUCGGAAGAAUCAAACAAAACAUUAAUUCAAGCAUCAUCUAUGGAAAAUCCUACAAAUACGCAACAAAUGACAGAUGAAAGCACUUCAAUAAAUGUUCAUAGAUUACCAAAUGAUAAUAAAAAUAUCUUGUCGGAAAAAUUUCCAUGUUUACCGUUCAUAACUAGUAGUCAAUAUGAUAAUAUGGAUAGACAUACAUUUUGUAACAGUGAAGAUAUAAUUCAUGAAUUAGGUUAUCGAUUUCAAGUAACAUCAAGUGUUCAAGUAACGGAUGAAAUAAUUGAUGGUAUUUGUGUACCCAUUCUAGUACCUAUUUGUUUAAAUGAACCAAAAAGAUUGUACGGGCAGUUAAAUAUAUAUGAAAGUCAAAUGAUUGGACGUGUCUUUAAAACUGAAGCAGAAUGUGAAGCAACUUGUCUACUUAAAAGUAGAUUUAAAAGAAGUAUUAUUAUAAAGGAAAAGUCAUUUAACACGACUAAAAAUGUACAUCAAUUAUUAAGUACGAUUUUGGACAGGAAAUCUAAAUCAUUAGGUGGCUUAAAUGAUUUGGUUUAUCCAACAUUAAACUACAAGAUGAUAACAAACAAGCGAUACAACAACAUAUUCCAUGCAGUCACACACUUUUUCAACCAGUCAAAUUUUAAGAAGACUUUGACAUUAGAGGUGUUAGAAAAUGAACAAAUUAAACUCCCAUGUUGGGUCGUAUCUCAAAACAAACCAUAUGUUCAAUGGAUUCAUAUACUAUCAGGAAAAAGGUAUCCAGUGACAGUUCAUCAUCAUUCUAAAGAUACAAAUAUUUGGAUAUCACAUUUAUUACUACAAAAUACUAAAAAUCAGUUGCAUACAGGAGGGUGGGUUUGUGAAGCUUCCGAUUUAGAAACUACAGACUAUGCAAAAGCUACUAUGAUUUUAAAUGUAGUUUCUAUACAACCAAAUAAAAUACUUGCUAUGAGAUCUCAAAAUGCAGUAUCGUUACAUGAUACGAUCAUGGUACCGAAGGAUGGAUUGGUGUUUCUCAGUUGUCCCCAUAAUCAGUAUUUAGGCGACACUAUAUGGAAGAAAAAUAAAGAAGAGAUUUUUCAGGCAACUUCUGAAUAUCUGAUAAUUCAACAGGCAAAUCCUGAAAUUCACACAGGAAUCUGGAUUUGUGGUAUUAAUUAUGAUAACACUUUUAUUGAACUGUAUAAAUUCAACAUAUCUGUAGGUUAUCCACCAGAACUUCAAAAAACUAACACCAAUUCAUUUGAAUCUAUUUCUCUACAUUCACUUACCUGUCCAAUAAAUACACAGGCGAACCAGCAGGAUAUAUUAAGUGGUUUGAAUGUGAGCAUAUGA